AGUUUCUACUCUUCUUCCCUCCCCCUGCUUUCCCCUCCCCCACUUUGCACCAGAGAAGCCAAAUUUAGGCAUGCUUUACAGUUUGAGGACUAAUCUGAAAGAGGAAGAAGAAUCUGUAUACAUUGGCUAGCAUAUAUGCCCUGCCCUCUUUCUUCCUGAAAAUCGUAGCAACCCAUCUUUUCAAAGAAGCUUGUGUAAACAGGCACCCUGUAAACGGAGUGUGCUUUCAAGACCCUUCAGGGUAUUCAGAUUCACUAUGCAGCUCACCAAGACGGUUAGCUCUCCAAGGGAGGAAUAGAUUGGAUUUAAUGAAGACUUGGAGUGUGCUUCUGAGAAUAAAUGCAAAAGGACCCCGAACUGUCAAUCUUGAAGGCAAAAGGUCUAGUGGAAUUGGGGUGGGAAUUAUGACUAUGACACAAAACAAUAAAUGAAAAUUAUCAAGAAAGUACAAACAAAACACUGCAGGACAUCAAUGGAGAAAUGUACUAAAUUGGAUUGAGAGGAAGAGGAAUGGUUUUUUGUUUGACCGGAAAUAAAAGAAGAAGUACUAUUACUACCUUCACUUAAUAGAAGACACCAGCCUAGGCUUCAUCUGAAAUUACAUCAUAAGAAGCACUGACCACUAACUAGGAACAUUCGUGAAAGGCACUGCAGUGUCAGAAAGAGGUACCAAGGAGACAGUCCUAGAGAAACAUGGAUGGAGUCGGGAAUCUGACAUUAUCUGCUGCCAAUAACAACACGUGCAAUGACACUAUUGAUGACUUCCGCAAUCAAGUGUAUUCCACCUUGUACUCUAUGAUCUCUGUUGUGGGUUUCUUUGGAAAUAGCUUUGUGCUCUAUGUCCUCAUAAAAACAUAUCACAAGAAGUCAGCUUUCCAAGUAUACAUGAUUAAUUUAGCAGUAGCAGAUCUACUGUGUGUGUGUACACUGCCUCUCCGUGUAGUCUAUUAUGUUCACAAAGGCAUUUGGCUUUUUGGUGACUUUUUGUGCCGUCUCAGCACCUAUGCCUUGUAUGUCAACCUCUAUUGUAGUAUCUUCUUUAUGACAGCCAUGAGCUUUUUCCGGUGUAUUGCAAUUGUUUUUCCAGUACAGAACAUUAAUUUGAUUACACAGAAGAAAGCCAGGUUUGUAUGUGUUAGCAUUUGGAUUUUUGUGAUUUUGACCAGUUCUCCAUUUCUUAUGUCCAAAACUUACAAAGAUGAGAAAAACAAUACCAAGUGCUUUGAGCCUCCACAGGACAAUCAAGCUAAAAAUUAUGUUUUGGUCUUGCAUUAUGUGUCAUUGUUUGUUGGAUUUAUCAUUCCUUUUGUUAUUAUAAUUGUAUGUUACACAAUGAUCAUUUUAACCUUACUUAAAAAUUCCCUGAAGAAAAAUCUAUCAAGCCGCAAAAAAGCUGUAGGAAUGAUCAUAGUUGUGACAGCUGCCUUUUUGAUUAGCUUCAUGCCAUAUCAUAUUCAACGCACCAUCCACCUUCAUUUUUUACACAAUGAAACUAAACCUUGUGAUUCUGUUCUUAGAAUGCAAAAGUCAGUGGUCAUAACCUUGUCUCUGGCUGCAUCAAAUUGUUGCUUUGACCCUCUCUUAUAUUUCUUUUCAGGGGGGAGCUUUAGGAGAAGACUGUCUACAUUUAGAAAGCAUUCCUUGUCCAGUGUGACUUAUGUAACCAAGAAAAAGGGCUCUUUGCCAGAAAAAGGAGAAGAAACAUGUAGAGAAUAAUUUAAACCCAUUUCCAAUGAAAAUAAUUGAAAAAAGUUUCCCAAAUAUUACCUCAAAUUAUCUACAAAAAAUGAGUAUUUCCAUUAAUAAUUUAUAAGUACCUAACUGCAUGUAUGCCUAUAAAUAUAUCUCAUUUAUGAAUCCACACUGUUAGAGUUCCUAAGGAUAUUUUAAGUUUUAAAAAUUCAGUCCACAACUAUUUUUUUAAGAUUUUUUUAUUUAUUUA